UAGGUUUUUAUUCAUAAUCCUCAUGCCCGGGGCCAGCGAUCGAAUUUCAACCGUUUGAUGCAGAGCAACCAGGAUUCUGAUAUUUCGCUCCUGAACAUUAACCAGGGGGUCAGCUGUCUAACAUCAGGAGUGCUGAAUCCCCAGCUUGGCUAUGAUUGUCUUCUUGUUGGAACACAGACUAAUUUGUUGGCUUACGAUGUAUACAACAACUCAGAUUUGUUUUACAGAGAGAUUUCAGAUGGUGCUAAUGCAGCAGUGCUUGGAAUGCUAGGAGAUAUUUCAUCUCCUCUUGCCAUUAUUGGUGGAAAUUGUGCUCUGCAAGGCUUUGAUCAUGAAGGAAAUGAUCUAUUUUGGACGGUUACAGGAGACAAUGUUCGUUCAUUAGCAUUGUGCGACUUUGAUGGUGAUGGAAAAAAUGAGCUUCUUGUUGGGUCUGAAGAUUUUGAUAUCAGAGUUUUUAAAGAAGAUGAGAUAGUAGCAGAAAUGUCAGAAACAGAGACCAUUACUGCGCUUAGUCCCAUGUAUGGCAGUCGGUUUGGCUAUGCUCUUUCUAAUGGCACAGUAGGAGUCUAUGAUAAAACAGCUCGCUACUGGAGGAUUAAAUCUAAAAAUCAUGCAAUGAGCAUACAUGCAUUUGACCUUAAUUCUGAUGGAGUGUGUGAACUUAUCACUGGAUGGUCUAAUGGGAAGGUUGAUGCACGCAGUGACCGAACUGGGGAAGUCAUCUUUAAGGACAACUUUGCAUCCUCAAUUGCUGGAGUUGUGGAGGGGGAUUACAGAAUGGAUGGUAACACCCAGCUAAUCUGCUGUUCGAUUGAUGGUGAAGUACGUGGUUACCUGCCAGGAAGCCAAGAGAUGAAGGGGAACUUGAUGGAUAGCACUGCAGAGCAGGAUCUAAUUCGAGAGCUUAGUCAAAAGAAACAAAACCUACUGUUGGAAUUACGAAACUACGAGGAAAACUCAAAGCAGAUUGAGCUGAGCACUCAGGUCAAUGAAGCUGACGCGCAGAGGGGAGUGAUUCCAGCCAAUACGCAGCUCCAGACAGCUUUUUCCGUUAACCUGGGUGGUGACAGUCAGUCUGCUCAUGUUGAGUUGUGUAUCUCCACAUCAAAUGACACGAUCAUCCGAGCCGUGCUGAUCUUUGCUGAAGGGAUAUUCGAAGGCGAGAGCCACGUUGUUCAUCCCAACCUCCAGAACCUUUUAGGUCACAUUCGGGUUCCCCUUACUCCUCCCAAAGAUGUCCCAGUGGAUUUACACAUCAAAGCCUUUGUGGGUUACAGAAGCAGCACACAGUUCCAUGUAUUUGAGCUGACACGACAGCUACCACGCUUUUCAAUGUAUGCUUUGAGCAGCCCUGACUCAGCCCCUCAACCUCUAAGCUUUGUUAACUUUACAAUCAGCGAGAGAGUGCAAAGGGUUGUUAUGUGGCUGAAUCAGAGCUUUCUGUUGCCAGAAGAUGCUGAGUUUCAAAGUGCACCCUUUCAAGUCUGUUUCACUUUCCUGCGCGAUGCUGGGCAACUGUGCAUAAAAAUGAAACCCAGUGGGGAGAUUUCUGUCAGCACUGAUGACAUUGAUCUAGCUGGCAACAUUAUCCAGUCAAUGGCCUCCUUCUUGGCAAUCGAAGACUUGCAGGUGGAAGCAGAUUUUCCUGCAUACUUUGAGGAGCUGCGGAAAGUGCUAAUUAAGGUGGAUGAGCAUCAUACAGUACAUCAGAAACUCACUGCCGACAUGGCCGAUCAUUCCAACCUCAUCCGGAGCAUGCUGGUCCGAGCAGAAGAUGCACGUCUCAUGGGAGACAUGAAAAACAUGAAGAAACGGUAUGUAGAACUCUACGAUCUGAACAGAGACUUAAUAAAUGGAUAUAAAAUUCGCUGCACCAAUCACACCGAGCUGUUAAAUAAUCUCAAAGCUGUAAAUCAAGCAAUCCAGAGGGCUGGGCGGCUGCGUGUUGGCAAACCCAAGACACAGGUGAUCACAGCAUGUCGGGAUGCAAUUAGGAACAACAACCUAAACAUGCUCUUCAGGAUAAUGCGUGUUGGAACUGCGUCUUGUUGAGAGAAGAAGCAUGGAGCUCAUACUUUUAGACAAAGAUGAUUCUUGACCAAGGGACAGAGACAUUGUAGUUCUUCCUCCUAGGCUGUUCCCAAAAUAAUUACCUAGAUGCUGGAAGGGAAAAGCACAGGGGCGAUAUGAUGUAUAGCAAUGUGUAAUGGAGCAAUGCUGAAAAACAGUUCAGUCUGCCAGUCCACUGUAGAAUUCAGUAAUCAGAACAGAUAGCUUUGUAAUGAAACUGGCAGGUAGGAAAUGCUAUUGUGGAGAUUAAAGAAUAGGACCAGCUAUGGAGAAAGGGUUAGAAUUGUAAAAUGCAGCUGGGAUAUUUGUGUAAGUCAUUUGAGACAGUUGUAUAAUUCUGUAAUAUUUUUCUUAAUGCAACCUAUUUAUGCAAUUUAUAUAUUUUAUAGUUAUGGUACCAAUCUUUUCCAUUAAAACAGAAUGGGCAGACUUUC